GCGGGGCCGUGCUCAGUCCCUCGCGAGCUGGGGUCCCUUCCUGCAGCCUUCCCUCCCCCUCCCCGCCGCCCCCUCCCCUCCGGGGCUCCUGGGAGCGCCUCCGCGGCUCCGGGGAGGGGACGUUUCCUAAUCUCAGGCCGGGGUUAAAGUUCUGGUCCGGGUGAGAUGCUGGAAGCUGCGGCCGCAGCCGCAACCCGUCCCGGAGGUGUCCUGUCGCCUGUCUCCGCCGCCACCACCACUGCUACCGCUACCGCUGCCACUGCCGCCCUGCUGGGGCCAUGUUCGCUCUGGGCUUGCCCUUCUUGGUGCUCUGGGUGGCCUCGGUCGAGAGCCAUCUGGGGGUUUUGGGGCCCAAGAACGUCUCGCAGAAAGACGCAGAGUUUGAGCGCACCUACGUGGAUGAAGUCAACAGCGAGCUGGUCAACAUCUACACCUUCAACCAUACUGUGACUCGCAACCGGACCGAAGGCGUGCGUGUGUCCGUGAACGUCCUGAACAAGCAGAAGGGGGCGCCUUUGCUGUUUGUGGUCCGCCAGAAGGAGGCUGUGGUGUCCUUCCAGGUGCCCCUAAUCCUGCGAGGGCUGUAUCAGCGCAAAUAUCUCUACCAAAAGGUGGAACGAACACUGUGUCAGCCCCCUACGAAGAAUGAGUCUGAGGUCCAGUUCUUCUACGUGGAUGUGUCCACCCUCUCACCAGUCAACACCACAUAUCAGCUCCGGGUCAGCCGAAUGGAUGACUUUGUGCUCAGGACUGGGGAACAGUUUACCUUCAAUACCACUGCAGCCCAACCCCAGUACUUCAAGUAUGAGUUUCCUGAGGGAGUAGACUCUGUGAUUGUCAAGGUGACGUCCAACAAGGCCUUUCCCUGCUCAGUCAUCUCCAUCCAGGAUGUCCUGUGCCCUGUGUAUGACCUGGACAACAAUGUCGCCUUCAUCGGCAUGUACCAGACUAUGACCAAGAAAGCAGCCAUCACUGUGCAGCGCAAAGACUUCCCCAGCAACAGCUUUUACGUGGUAGUAGUGGUGAAGACUGAAGACCAGGCCUGUGGGGGUUCCUUGCCUUUCUACCCCUUUGUAGAAGAUGAGCCAGUCGAUCAAGGGCACCGCCAGAAAACCCUGUCAGUGCUGGUAUCUCAAGCAGUCACAUCCGAGGCCUAUGUUGGUGGGAUGCUCUUCUGUCUGGGCAUAUUUCUCUCCUUUUACCUGUUGACCGUCCUCCUGGCCUGUUGGGAGAACUGGAGGCAGAAGAAGAAGACUCUGUUGGUGGCCAUAGACCGAGUCUGCCCAGAAAGUGGGCACCCUCGGGUCCUGGCUGAUUCCUUUCCUGGCAGCUCCUCCUAUGAGGGUUACAACUAUGGCUCCUUUGAAAAUGGUUCCGGAUCUACUGAUGGUUUGGUUGACAGUGCCGGUACUGGGGACCUCUCUUAUGGUUACCAGGGGCACGACCAGUUCAAGCGGCGCCUCCCCUCUGGCCAGAUGCGGCAGCUGUGCAUUGCCUUGGACCGCCCCUUUGAUCCAGUGGGCCCUCGACCACGACUGGACUCUAUGAGUUCCGUGGAGGAGGAUGACUAUGACACACUGACCGACAUCGAUUCAGACAAGAAUGUCAUUCGCACCAAGCAAUACCUCUAUGUGGCUGACUUGGCACGGAAGGACAAGCGUGUUCUUCGAAAGAAGUACCAGAUCUACUUCUGGAACAUCGCCACCAUUGCUGUCUUCUACGCCCUUCCUGUGGUGCAGCUGGUGAUCACCUACCAGACGGUGGUGAAUGUCACUGGGAAUCAGGACAUCUGCUACUACAACUUCCUGUGUGCCCACCCACUGGGAAACCUCAGCGCCUUCAACAACAUCCUUAGCAACCUGGGGUACAUCCUGCUGGGGCUGCUCUUCCUGCUCAUCAUCCUGCAGCGGGAGAUCAACCACAACAGGGCCCUGCUGCGCAAUGACCUUUAUGCCCUGGAAUGUGGGAUCCCCAAACACUUUGGUCUGUUCUAUGCCAUGGGCACUGCGCUGAUGAUGGAGGGGCUGCUGAGUGCUUGCUAUCACGUCUGCCCCAACUACACCAAUUUCCAGUUUGAUACGUCAUUCAUGUACAUGAUUGCUGGGCUCUGCAUGCUGAAGCUCUAUCAGAAGCGGCACCCAGACAUCAACGCCAGCGCCUACAGCGCCUACGCCUGCUUGGCCAUUGUCAUCUUCUUCUCCGUGUUGGGCGUGGUCUUUGGCAAAGGGAACACGGUGUUCUGGAUUGUCUUUUCUGUCAUUCACAUCAUCGCCACCCUGCUCCUCAGCACACAGCUCUAUUACAUGGGCCGCUGGAAGCUGGACUCGGGGAUCUUCCGCCGCAUCCUCCACGUGCUCUACACGGACUGCAUCCGGCAGUGCAGCGGGCCCCUCUAUGUGGACCGCAUGGUGCUGCUGGUCAUGGGCAACAUUAUCAACUGGUCGCUGGCUGCCUAUGGGCUCAUCAUGCGCCCCAAUGAUUUUGCCUCCUAUUUAUUGGCCAUCGGUAUCUGCAACCUGCUGCUUUACUUUGCCUUCUACAUUAUUAUGAAGCUCCGGAGCGGAGAGAGGAUCAAGCUCAUCCCCCUGCUCUGCAUCGUCUGUACCUCUGUGGUCUGGGGCUUUGCACUCUUCUUCUUCUUCCAGGGACUCAGCACCUGGCAGAAAACCCCUGCAGAGUCAAGGGAGCACAACCGGGACUGCAUCCUCCUCGACUUCUUUGAUGACCAUGACAUCUGGCACUUCUUAUCCUCCAUUGCCAUGUUUGGGUCCUUCCUGGUGUUGCUGACACUGGAUGACGACCUGGAUACUGUGCAGCGGGACAAGAUCUAUGUCUUCUAGCAGGAGCCAGACCCUUCGCUUCACCUCAUGGGGCUCUGAGCUCCUCUGUCACCUGCCAGUUGCUUCUAUAGCUCUGGAGGUGUGAGUCCCAGGCCUGCUGCCCAGCACUGGGUGGCAGCGGGACGGCAAGGUCUAGUCCAGACCUAACUUGGGACAGUCACAGGGUGGCAUGGGCCUCGCAGCUACCCUCUGCAAGGGAGGAGGCCUGCUCCCUGAUACCCCAGACAUUGGCCAAACUGCUGCUUUCUUCUCAGUGUUGGGGCUUUCUGUGGUCCCAUCCCUUGGCUGUUUGUCCCUCUUCAGGAGGAAGGAGAGAAGGCAAUGCCCUCCCCAUUUCAUGCCUUCCAUUCUGCCCAUCCUUCUCCUCCCCCUCAGCCUGGACCCAAAGCCCUUUCUUCCUCCCAUGCUCCUGCUCCAGGGCCCUGGACUGGGGCCUGAUUCUCUGCCCUGUCCCAGGAUCACAGUUCUCUGGGACUGUUCCUGGCUGCCAUCACUGCCCAGGAUGGAUAUGGCUGUGGGAUUUCAGGGGUUGGCUGGUUGGUGCCAGGCUUUUGGUGCUAAGGCCUGCAAGGGGCCCAGGGCAGGACCCUCCUCCCUCGACCUGCACUCAGUCUGACUCUUUAGCAAUGAGAGUCAGCUCAAUUUGAGAGCUGCCUCUUGUCUGAAGGGCUGGAUUCAGAUGUUACCCUCAUCCCAUGAGUGCUCAGACUGAUGCCAGCACCAGGAUUGGAAGGAAAAGUAACUCACCCGUCCGUCCCUUUCUGUAUUUCUAUGCCCUCGGUCCUGCCAAGCCCCAGCUGGGGCCUUUCAGUGCCAUUGACACUGCCCAAGAAUGUCCAGGGGCAAUGAAGGGAUGGUGCAGAGCCCAACCUUCACCAUGGCCACAAGGGUCCCAGUGCCUACUUUAGAAAGAAAGGGACAUGCCAUUGUCCUUUAUGUCCCCAGGCUCAGACUCACUCUAGGACCCAGGGCUGGCUUCUGAGUUUCCGUCCAGGCUCCAGCCAAUUUCUUUUUUGGUUACACACACACACACACACACACACACACACCUUGGAGUUUACAUGGAGAUGCCCCCAGCUCUGGGCCUCCUGGCCACUCCAGUCCUUGGCUUCCCUUCACCUCACCUGGUCCAUUCCAGAUGCCAAGGACAGGGGCCAUCAGGUCAGACCUCUGCCUCUGGGGUGGGAAUGUGCAUUAUUCUCCCCAAGUUGUUUUUAUAGCUCUGCUUGGGCUGGGGAGAGGAGAUGGGUCUGGGUCUUUUGUUUCAGAGCCCUGGUUUGUCUUUCCAUGCUACGGUUGUGUUUGUGUUUUCUAUGAAUGAGUGCAUUCAAUAAAGAGACAACCAGAUGCA